UUUCAACCUUUGGUUCUUUGAUCGUUGUACCUUCACUUUCCUUUCAAGAUGUCAGCAGUGGAACAAAUCUUGGGAACCAUCCAAGAGAAAACCCCAUAUUAUUUAAAUCUAAUCAAUUCAAAUACUCCAAAUUUUAUUAAUGUUGAAAUUCCAAAUAUUGAAACACCAUUUGGAUUAAAAUUAUGGCCAGUUUUCAAUGAAUUUGUUUCCCAUUUAACAUUUGGUAAAUUUAUCCCAUCAGAAUUCCAAUAUAUUGAAAAUGAAACAUUUAUGAGUAGUAAUAAAGAAGUUUUCAUUGGAAUUUUAAUUUAUUAUUUUAUAAUUACAAUUGGUCAAUUGAUUUUCAAAAAAUUAUCACCAUUAAAAUUACAAUUUUUAUUCCAAUUGCAUAAUUUGUUUUUAACAACAGCUUCAUUAACUUUAUUGUUGUUAUUAAUUGAACAAAUUUCACCAAUUUUAAUUAAUCAUGGUAUUUUUUAUGCAAUUUGUUCACCAAAUUCAUGGAAUCAAAAAUUAGUUACAAUUUAUUAUUUGAAUUAUUUGACUAAAUUUGUUGAAUUUAUUGAUACUUAUUUCCUUGUUGUUAAAAAGAAGAAGAUUAUCUUUUUGCAUAGUUAUCAUCAUGGUGCUACAGCUUUAUUAUGUUUUAUUCAAUUAGGUGGUGCAACUUCAGUUAGUUGGGUUCCAAUCUUAUUAAACUUGGCUGUUCAUGUUGUUAUGUAUUGGUAUUAUUUCUUGGCUUCAAGAGGUAUUAGAGUUUGGUGGAAACAAUGGAUUACCACUUUUCAAAUUUUACAAUUUGUCUUGGAUUUAGGAUUUGUUUAUUUCUCAACUUAUACUUUUUAUGCUGAGAAAUACUCAAGAGAAUGGGGUAUUUACAUUCCAAACAAUGGUACUUGUUUUGGUACACCAUUUGCAGCAGGUACUGGAUGUGCAAUCUUGUCAAGUUAUUUGUUGUUAUUUAUUGCAUUUUAUAUCAAGACUUAUAAAUCUGAUAAAAAA